CUGUACACCAGGCGAGGUAGUCAACAUCUCCCGUGAAUGCAUGCGACCUUCAUCCGAGAGUUGGAAACCGUCGCUACCGCCACCACGGCGUCGUCUAGACGUUCGUCUUGUGCCGCAUCUCGCCGCCUCGUCCCGCGUCUUGUGCCGCAUCUCGCCGCCUUGUCCCCCGCGUCUUGUGCCGUAUCUCGUCGUCUUGUCCUGCGUCUUGUGCCGCAUCUCGCCGUCUUGUCCUGCGUCUUGUGCCGCGUCUCGCCGUCUUAUCCCGCGUCUUGUGCCGCCUCGUCCCGCGUCUUGUCCCGCGUCUCGUCGCUGUGCUGCGUGGUCGCUGCUGCUGCGUUGGAGCGAUCUCGCAAGGUUGGUGGUGAAAUUCACUCAAGACGCGAGAUGAAUCCUCACCCCGACGUGGCGUUCAUCAAGCAAGAGCGCGACGACGGCGCGUGUCCUGGGACGUGGCCCGACUUGACGGUAAAGCGUGAAGACGUCGUCGAUGCUGCCGUUCAGGAUGUUAAGAUCGUCAAAGCCGAGGGACCCACUGUGAUGAUGCCGGAUGAGACGGGGAACCCUCACGGAGGAUGCCCGGCCACUGCAGAUCGGAACUUCAUCGAGGUGGAGUUGCUGGAGGAAGAUGUUGGUCAAGCAGAUGAAGGAAAUUCAACCGGACUACUUUGCAGAGUGUGCCAGACGGAUCGUGGCCGACGGUUAAGAAGGAAGGUGGAUGAGGCGCAAGGCAUCGGUCAGGCCCUGCGAGGCUGCGUGCGGUGCGGGAACAAGCUUGGAGGCUCUGCGCCACGCACGAACAGGAGGAAACGGAGCGGAGAGAAGCCGCGCCCGAGUGUACCACGCGGGAAGGAUUCCGCAUUGGCGGAGGAGUCAAGAGGGUGCGAAGUGACGGACGCUGUCGGCGAUAAGCCGCACAUCUGCAAGGAGUGCGGGAAGGGGUUUUCAAAGCAUUCCGCUUUAAACAUGCACUCCAGAACGCACGCCAGCAAGAAUCUGCACGUGUGCACCGAGUGCGGGAAGAGGUUUUCAAAAAGUUCCAGUUUAGAGACGCACUCGAGGACGCACACGGGCGAGAAGCCGCACGCGUGCAAGGAGUGCGGCAAGGGGUUUUCAAAGCGUUCCAAUUUAGAGACGCACUCUAGGACGCACACGGGCGAGAAGCCGCACACGUGCCAAGAGUGCGGGAAGAAGUUCUCGAAGCGCUCCAAUUUAGAGGCGCACUCGAGGACGCACACCGGUGAUAAGCCAUACGUUUGCAAGGAGUGCGGGAAGAGGUACAUACAGCGUUCCAGUUUGGAGAUGCACUCUAGGACGCACACCGGCGAGAAGCUGUACCUGUGCAAGGAGUGCGGGAAGAGGUUCCCGCAGCGCUCUCAUUUGGAGAUGCACUCUAGGACGCACACCGGGGAGAAGCCGUACGUGUGCAGGGAGUGCGGGAAGGCGUUUUCGCAACGCUGCGCCUUAAACACCCACUCCAGGACGCACACGGGCGAGAGGCCACACGUGUGCAGGGAGUGCGGCAAGGGAUUUGCGGCGCGCACCUACCUGAACAAGCACUCCAGAACGCACACGGGCGAGAAGCCGAACGUGUGCAAGGAGUGCGGGAAGGGCUUCGCGCAGCCCUCCGACCUGAAGACCCACUCGCGGAUACACAGCGGGGAGAAGCCGCACGCGUGCAAGGAGUGCGGCAAGAGGUUCACCCAGCGCUCCAACCUGGAGACGCACGCCAGGACGCACACCGGCGAGAAGCCGUACGCGUGCGACGAGUGCGGCAAGAGGUUUUCGCAGCGCUCCAAUUUGGAGAAACACUCGAGGACGCACACGGGCGAGAAGCCGUACAUGUGCGAGGAGUGCGGAAAGAAGUUCACGCAGCGCUCCAAUUUGGAGAAACACUCCAGGACACACACGGGCGAGAAGCCACACGUGUGCAAGGAGUGCGGGAAGGCGUUUUCGCAGAGUUACAAUCUCGAGACUCAUUCUAGGACGCACACCGGCGAGAAGCCGUACGCGUGCAGAGAGUGCGGUAAAAGGUUUACGGAGCGUUCAAAUUUAGAGAAGCAUUCCAGAACACACGCCGGUGGGAAGCCGCACGUGUGCAAGCAGUGUGGGAAGGGGUUUGCAGCACUUAAUGAGUUAAAUAAGCAUUGUAGGACACACGUGAGGGAGAAUCCACACUUGCUAAAGGAGUGUGAGAACAGUGACGUGGAGAGAGACAAGAGACGUGGGGGAGAGACACAACACUGUGUGAUGGAUUCGCUCUUCGAAUUGCCGUUCGUCAAGCAGGAAAAGGAAGAGCAUCCAAACCCAGGAGUGGCUCCUCACCUGACGGUGGAUCGUGCAGUUGCUUACGCUGGAGCAGUCGUGAAGCAAGAGGAUGAAAGGAGCCCCGGCGCUGAGACACUGAGGAUGGAGGUGAAAACCGAAGCGGAGGAAGACGCUCCAGAUGUGAAGUUUGUUAAAGUCGAAGGAGCUGGCGAGAGCCAGCUGGAUGAGACGGGCGAUUGCCGUGGACUUGCGGAUGCUCCGGACCAGAACUUCAUCGAGGUGGAGUUAUCGGUGGAGGACACGGGUGAAGCGGACGAAGUGAUGGCGACGACAGAACCGCUGUGCGAGGAGUGCGGCAAGGGCAGAGGCCGCAGAACAACGGUGGACAAAGCGCAGCGCAUCGACGAUGCCGAUGACAGUAACGACGACGACGACGACGACAAGAUCCCCCGAGCCUGCGCACGUUGUGGGAAGGCGCUCGAAGACGCCGCGACCGCCGCCGCCGCCGCCGCCGAUCGGAGGAAGCCGCACGCUUGCCAGGAGUGCGGCAAGGAGUUCGCGACGCUCUCGAAUUUGAGCACGCACGCGCGGACCCACACGGGCGAGUGGCCGCACGCCUGCGCCGAGUGCGGCAAGGGCUUCGCGCACCUCUCCAACCUGGAGAAGCACGCCAAGGCGCACGCGGGCGGGAGGCCGCACGCCUGCGCCGAGUGCGGCCGGGCGUUCGCCCACCGCUACAACCUCGAGCUGCACUCCGCGUCGCACGCGGCGGAGAGGAGGAGGCCGCACGCGUGCGCCGAGUGCGGCCGGGCGUUCGCUCGGCCCGCCGAAUUGGAGGCGCACGCGAAGAGGCACGCGGCCGAGAGGCCGUACGCGUGCGAGGAGUGCGGCAGGGGGUUCGCGCAGAGCUACCACCUGGAGGAGCACCGCGCGUCGCACACGGGCGAGAAGCCGCACGCGUGCCCGGUGUGCGGCCGGGGAUUCGUGCGGCGCUACCACCUGGACGAGCACGCGAGGACGCACACGGGCGAGUGGCCGCACGCGUGCGACCAGUGCGGCCGCGGUUUCGCCCACCGCUCCGGCCUGGAGAGGCACGCGAGGGCGCACGCGAGGGCCAGGGCGGGCGUGUGGCCGCACGCCUGCGGGGAGUGCGGGAAGGGCUUCGCGCAGCUGUCCGGCCUGGAGAGGCACGCGCGGACGCACACCGGCGAGAGGCCGCACGUCUGCGAGGAGUGCGGCGCGGGCUUCACGCAGCGCUCCAGCUUGAAAGCGCACUACGGGACGCACACGGGCGAGAGGCCGCACGCGUGCCGGGAGUGCGGGAAGGCGUUCAGCAGGAUGUCGGCUUUGAAUAGGCAUUCGGCGACGCACUCGAGGAUGAAAACCUUGCUCUAGAGCAGCGCGGUCCUUCACCUUUACCGCAAGCCUUGCUUGGUUCUCAAUCGCGAGAAAAUGUACGAUGCUAAUAAAUACAGAGGGUUUGAUGAAACAA